AUGGAAGCCAUCCUCCAGGCCCAGGCAAAGUUUCGGCUCGACCGCGGCCUCCAGAAAAUCACCGCCGUCCGCAACAAGAACUACAAGCGCCACGGCCCCAAGUCCUACGUCUACCUGCUCAACCGCUUCGGCUUCGAGCCCACCAAGCCCGGCCCGUACUUCCACCAGACGCGCAUCCACCAGCGCGGCCUCGCCCACCCGGACUUCCACAAGCCCGUUGGCGGCCGCGUCCAGAGGACCAAGGUGCUCGCUAAGAAGACCAGGGAGGAUGGAUCCGUCGAUGCGAGCGGGAGCCAGACCGGAGAGGUCGGCGCCGAGGACCAGCAGAAUGACUCUGAAUACCUCUGCGAAGUGACCAUCGGAACUCCUGGACAGAAGCUCAUGCUCGACUUUGACACUGGCUCAUCCGAUCUGUGGGUCUUCUCCACAGAACUCAGCAAGCAAACCCAGGAAAACCACUCUGUCUUUGACCCCAAGAAGUCAUCCACGUUCAAGACCCUCGAGGGCCAGACAUGGCAAAUCUCCUACGGCGACGGCAGCUCCGCUUCGGGCACCUGCGGCUCCGACACCGUCACCCUCGGCGGCCUCUCCAUCAAGAACCAGACCAUCGAGCUCGCCUCCAAGCUCGCGGCCCAGUUCGCCCAGGGCACCGGCGACGGCCUCCUGGGCCUCGCCUGGCCGCAGAUCAACACCGUCAUGACAGACGGCCGCCCGACGCCCGCCAACACACCCGUCGCCAACAUGAUCCAGCAGGAUGACAUCCCUAGCGACGCCCAGCUCUUCACCGCCGCCUUCUACAGCGAGCGCGACGAAAAUGCCGAGUCUUUCUACACCUUUGGCUACAUCGACCAGGACCUCGUCUCCGCCUCCGGCCAAGAGAUCGCCUGGACUGAUGUCGACAACUCGCAGGGCUUCUGGAUGUUCCCCUCCACCAAGACCACCAUCAACGGCAAGGACAUUUCUCAAGACGGAAACACCGCCAUUGCCGACACCGGAACUACCCUCGCUCUCGUCUCGGACGAGGUCUGUGACGCCCUGUACAAGGCGAUCCCUGGCGCCAAGUACGACGAGCAACAGCAGGGCUACGUCUUCCCCAUGGACACUGAUGCGUCGAGUCUGCCAGAGCUCAAGGUCUCGGUUGGAAACACCCAGUUUGUGAUCCAGCCCGAGGAUCUGGCUUUCGCACCCGCAGAUGAGAGCAACUGGUACGGCGGUGUUCAGUCGAGGGGAAGCAACCCCUUUGACAUUUUGGGCGAUGUGUUUUUGAAGUCGGUCUAUGCGAUCUUUGAUCAGGGCAACCAGCGAUUUGGCGCAGUCCCCAAGAUCCAGGCAAAGCAGAACCUGCAGCCCACCCAGUGA